AAACUCUCUUCGAAAAUAACGAAGCCAACUCUCAACAAACCACACCUCCCCUAUAAAAGCCACACUUCUCUUUCUCUUUCCAACCACAACUCACACUCUUCGUCGCCUCCGUCCUUUUUUCCUCUCUUUCAAACUCCAGAUCUCUCUAUCUCUCUACAAUGGCCUCCGUCACAGGAACUUCAUUUUCCGUCACCGCAUUCAAACAAUCACCGGUACUCGGUGUUGGUGCUAGAUUCUCUAACGCGAAUUCAGUUUCUCUUUCGAUUAAAGGAAGAGCGUUUCCUUCACUUACAUUGCAAUCUAGGGUACAUCGAUUUCAAGUUACAUGUGCAGCCAAACCAGAAACUGUAACUAAGGUCAGUGACAUUGUUAAAAAACAAUUGGCCUUGGCAGAUGGGACCGAGGUUAAUGGAGAGUCCAAAUUUUCUGCCCUUGGAGCUGAUUCUCUCGACACGGUUGAGAUUGUGAUGGGACUUGAGGAGGAGUUUGGUAUCAGUGUUGAAGAAGAAAGUGCCCAGGCCAUUACCACUGUCCAAGAGGCAGCAGAUAUGAUUGAGAAGCUUCUUGAAAGCAAGACUGCUUAAUUUAAGCCAAGAACAAGGGUCUACAUGCAUUUGGGAGUUUUUGUAUUUUUGUGUGAGGAUGGUUUUAAUUUUAUCUUAGGUAUUUCAGUUUGAUUGCUCUUCAAGUAACUGCCAGAUAUUUUAUGAACUCCUUUAGAACUACUGCACGAAUAGUUUUAUUUUUUUAGACUUUGUGGCUCUCUUCAAAAAGUGAAAUGAAAUUUAUAUGUGAAGUGUUUC